GUCCGUCCGUCUCCGCCAGUCGAUGGCACGCACGGCACGAUAUCCAAACCGGCCGCGGAUAGCUGUGGCCGCCGUGCCACCUGCUGCUGCAGAGGCUCUCUCUCUCUUUCUCUCCAGCUUCGCGCCGCUGCCGCGACCUACCAUGGAGCUCUGCCUCGCCGCGCGCGCCGGGACGACGGCGGCCGCGUGCCGGAGGAGGGCACCGACGACUACAGGCGUGCCGAAGAAGAAGAGGCACGGCGGCGGCACCGUGCGCGUACGGUGCGCGGCGACGGCGCCCAUGGGGGAGAAGACGGAGUACCGGGACGGCCCGCUGGAGCGCGCGUUCAUGGGGCUGUUCGCGCGCAAGAUGGAGAAGUACGCGGCGAAGAAGCCGGCGGCGCAGGCGAAGGAGGAGAGGGCGGUGUGGGAGUGGGACUACGAGAGCUUCGUGGACGUGUCGCGGCGGGUGAUGCUGGGGCGCACGCGCGCGCAGCAGCAGCAGGCGGUGCGCGAGGUGCUGCUGUCCAUGCUGCCCCCCGGCGCGCCGGCGCAGUUCCGGCGGCUGUUCCCGCCGACGCGGUGGGCCUGCGAGUUCAACGCGGCGCUGACCGUGCCCUUCUUCCGCUGGCUCGUCGGCCCCUCGGAGGUGGUGGAGGUGGAGGUCGGCGGCGUCCGGCAGCGCAGCGGGGUGCGCAUCGAGAAGUGCCGGUACCUGGAGAGCAGCGGCUGCGUGGGGAUGUGCGUCAACAUGUGCAAGGUCCCCACGCAGGACUUCUUCACCAACGAGUUCGGGCUCCCCCUCACCAUGAACCCAAAUUUCGAAGACAUGAGCUGCGAGAUGAUAUACGGCCAGGUGCCGCCUCCGUUGGAAGAGGACCCGGCGUCGAAGCAAGCUUGCUACCCGAGCCUCUGUUCCAUGUCGACGCCAUCUGCCCCGGCCUGUCCGAAGCUUCAGUAGGUCCAUACAUGCAUGUGCAGAGUUUGCCGGCCGGACUUGGGAUGGAAAAAGUAUCAUUAGUAUUUUUUUAUACAGAAAUGUAGCUUGUAAACUAUUAGUAAAGUUACAUACAAUUUGUUCUGAGCCAGGACAGAGCACUCUGUAAUAAAGAAUACUUUUCUCAAA